AUGCACCUCAAUUUACGCACGAUAGGAGCAGGCCUUGCUUUGUUGAUGGCUGUUGUCUCAGGUAGCAGCCCCUUUGGAUCACUAAGGUCGCGUGCAGAGACAUUCGAAAACCCUGUGAUUUGGCAAGACUACCCAGACCUGGAUGUUUUCCGCGUUGGUGACGUGUUCUAUUACUCCUCCUCGACCUUCGCCUUUUCGCCAGGCGCGCCAGUGCUAAAGUCAUACGAUCUAGUUAACUGGGCACCAGUUUCUCACAGCGUGCCACGCCUGAACUUCGGGCCCAGAUACGAUCUGAACAAUGCCACGGACAGAGCUUAUGUACAAGGCAUCUGGGCAAGCACACUUCAGUAUCGAGAGUCCACUGAUACCUUCUAUUGGAUGGGAUGUAUCGCAGAUGGUCCAACGUACGUAUGGACGGCGAGCGGCACGAACGCGGCGGCAAACAACGGCGAGGUCGAGCACUGGAACUGGACCUCCCAAGGCACUCUUCCUCGAUGCUAUUAUGACAAUGGCCUACUGAUAGACGACGAUGACACCAUGUACAUGGCGUAUGGUAAGACGACCAUCAACGUCGCACAACUCAACGCGGACGGAACGGCAGAAGUCAAGACCGAGCCAGUGUAUACUAGUCCCGACGAAGUAUACAUUGAAGGGUCACGGAUGUACAAGAUUAAUGGAACGUACUACAUUUGGGUGACCAAGCCUGCAGAUGAUGAGUAUGUUCUCAAAUCUGACAAUGUCUGGGGCCCGUACGAACGCCGGGUUUUGGUCGACAGCAUCGAGGGCCCGCUCUCAAGCGCUGGUAACGCGCACCAAGGCGGCAUCGUCAGCACGAAAGAUGGUCAGUGGUACUAUGUUGCGUUUUUGGAUGCUUACCCCGGAGGCCGCAUUCCUGUAGUCGCUCCUCUGACCUGGACGGAAGAUGGCUGGCCGCAGGUAGUCCGUGUGAACAAUGAGUGGGGCAAGACGUACCCCAUCCCUGUGCAUACCAACAAGACUGUACCGGCAACAACGGGAGUGGACUCCUUCCAUGGCUCUUCGCUGAGCCAUGAGUGGGAGUGGAAUCACAAUCCCGACGAUAGUGCCUGGUCUCUCGACAAAGGUCUGCAACUGCAGACGGCUACUGUUACCGAUGAUUUAUUUACAGCACGUAAUACGUUGACCAGACGUAUACCUGGGCCGAAGUCUGCCGGCACAUUCAGAAUCGAUGUGAGUGGACUCAGGGAUGGAGACCGCACAGGUGCAGUGUUAUUCCGAGACAUUGCGGCUUACAUUGGGAUCCUUAAAUCCGGCAACACAUCCUCGCUCGUCAUGGUCGAUGAGCUGACCUUGGGCACGAAUUGGGUGACGAAUUCCACCGGCACCAUUUCUGCAACUGGCCCAGUGCUUGCUCCCAACGUGACUGAAGUCUGGCUGCGUAUCGAAGCUGACAUAACACCAGCUUUCUCUAGCACAACAGCUGUAAGAGAAGCUACGUUCUGGUACAGCACAGACGGUGAAUCCUUCACUCAGCUUGGCGGACCAUUCUCAAUGGCCAAUACGUGGCAGUUCUUUACUGGGUAUCGUUUUGGGGUAUUCAACUUUGCGACCAAAGCUCUGGGUGGGAAGGUUACGGUGAAAAGCUUCGAUCUAGAGCAGCUGUAA